AUGCAAGAGGGGGGACGAACAGGUAAGAAAGAGCCGCCAUUUACAGCCAGAUAUGUGUAUCGGCUGGAUGACUCAGUCUUGAAAUCUUUAAAGUUGAUGUAUUUUGAUUCAUUAACCCACGAGGAAAGAUCUGAACAGGAGUACAAAAGGUCGCUCAACAGCAUUGUUUCAAAUUACAAUGAUGGAACGAUGAAGGGGAGCUUUGGGCCUCCGAAAAUAGUAAAACCUAGGGCAAGAUCAAGUACCAAGAAGCACGUCGAGAGUAAUAAUUUGUCAGAUUUGGACAAGUACAAUGAAAAAAGAGCACGGAAUGGGCAGAAACUGUUGACCGAAACCGAAUUUGAGGCCAAAAUGGACCAGUUGAGCAUUUCCGGGUCUGAAACGGAGGAUGAGUUGGAUACGAUCACGGAAGAGGAGAGUUCGAAUACCAAAGUGACUGAUGAAGCAGAUAAUAGUCUGGAUGAGUCAUCGAUAAGUUAUUUGUUCACAAAAUCACCGUUUGUGCUUUUUCAUUCGGGGCUGCUUCAGGACGGAAAAUGCUACGGAGUGUAUAAAACAACUUUGGAUGCAGAGGAGGGCAAGAGUGAUCCCAUGAGAAAAUUAAUGGAACUUAACAGUGAGAAGUUUCAGCAGAAACUGGACAACAGUAUUUCGGCCUUGUUUAUGAUUGGGGGAGGACAUUUUGCAGGAGCCAUCAUCAAUCACAAGCCUAUUGUUACAAAGGGUAACAAGGGCUCUCCGGAAGAGUUACAGUUGCAAUCUGUGAACAUUGCUGAGCAUAAAACGUUUCAUAGGUACACUACCAGAAGGAAACAGGGAGGAUCACAGAGUACUUCAGAUAAUGCAAGAGGAAAGGCAAACAGUGCAGGUUCUACAUUGAGAAGAUAUAACGAGCAAGCUUUGAGGGAAGAAGUCCAGGAUUUAUUGAAAAUCUGGAAACCAUUGCUCGAUAGGUGCGACAGGAUAUUUAUUAAAGCUAAUGGAGUUUAUGCUCGGCAAUCACUGCUUGGAAAAGGUCCCGAAGCAGUAAUAGAAGCCGAAGAUCCGAGGGUCAGAAUCUUCCCAUUUACCACAAAGAGGCCCACGACAAAAGAAUUGAGAAGGGCUUGGUGUGAGCUUUCGUAUUUGAAAGUGAUGGACAUUCCGAAAAGUGAUAAGAAGGCAGUCGAAAUGAAGAUGAGGCAAAGAGAACAUCUUGCGAAGUCUAAGGAGCAGAAGCAAAGGAAAAUUGACGUUUCCAAAGGCAGUUCUGAGGAUGAUGAGACCACUAAGCAGUUGAUUUCACUCUUGAAGAAGUCGAAGGCCCCCUCUUUGAUCGCAUAUAUCCGCAAGAACAAGGUCCCAGUAAACUUUAGGCUUUUGCCAGAGAAAGAGUACGGCAGAAAUACACAAACAAUGCUACAUUAUGCUGCUCAUUUUGGCUUAAGCCGCAUGUGCCAGGUCCUCUUAGUAAAUUUGAAGGCAGACCCCACGAUUAAGAACGAGAGAGGGUACACAGCCUAUGAGAUGUCUGCAGAUGAGAAGACCAAGUAUGCAUUUGAGGUGGCUAGAAACACUUUAGGUGAAGAUUAUUGCGACUGGGAAAAGGCGGCAAAAGUUCCAGGGUCAAAAAGCAGGGAGGAAGUAGAGGAAAUACUGAAGAAGAAAGAGGACGAGUCACGUGAGAAACUGCGAGAGUUGCACGAAAAGGAAUUGGAGACUGCAAGAAAGCAGUUUGCCGAAUCUCACGAUAAGAAAUUCGGCAGAGGUAAGACGCUGGGAGGCUUUAAAGAGACAGAGCAGCAUAAACUUGACUCGCUUACCCCACAACAGAAGAUGCGAGUAAUGAGAGAGCAAAGAGCUCGUGCGAUUGAAGCGAGAAUGAAGGCGAACAAAUAA